CGUGCGCGCCGCCCAUCUCCCUCGGGCGCAGCGUCCCUUCUAGCACGCGCCCGGCUCGCGCGUUCGCCCCAGCGCUCCCCCGCCGCACACGCACCCUUUGCCCUCCUCCCGCAUUUGUGCGCCGGUGCAGCCGGCAGUGGGAGCAUCCGGGCAUUUCCGCAGCUGAGCGGCGAUCCGGGCGGCGGCGGCUGAGGAGCUCCCAUGGCUGGGACUAGGCGGGUGGAAGGCGAAAGAGGGGCCAGGCGAUAAGUCAGAGGCGCCGCGCGUCCCAAGGGAGGCGGAGAGGGGAGCGCUCUUGCGGCCGGAGGAGGGCCGGGCGCGAGGCUCCUGGAGCCUGUCUUGCAUUCUCUUGUCCAGCCCGGGCUUCGGACAUGCAUCUGCAUCAGGUCCUCACCGGUGCUGUCAACCCUGGAGACAACUGCUACUCCGUGGGCAGCGUCGGGGAUGUCCCCUUCACGGCAUAUGGAUCAGGCUGUGAUAUUGUUAUUUUGGCAAGUGACUUUGAAUGUGUGCAGAUCAUACCUGGUGCUAAGCAUGGAAACAUCCAAGUCAGCUGUGUGGAGUGUUCUAACCAACAUGGAAGAAUUGCAGCUUCAUAUGGUAAUGCUGUUUGUAUUUUUGAGCCCUUGGGCAUAAAUUCUCAUAAGAGAAAUUGUGUAAGUACGAAGCGAUAUUAG